GAUAUCAUAUUCCAUGCCAAUGCUUAUGAAUAAUGAACAAAAUGAACAUCUGAGACGCUCCCCAACAGCGCUGCUCGGACCGGUCGGACAAGUGUGGCUCCGCGCAGAAAGGCUGACCCAAGUCUUUACUCCGACAGUCACACCUUUUGUUUUGAUGCGCGAUUUCAAGUCCAAAAUGUCAAGUUUCAGUUCAUGUGGACGAAAAAUCAGUAGAUUGGAUGUCACCAAAGGUUUAUGUGCUGUUUCGACUUCGCUCGUCUAAGUCAGAUGAUCCUGAUCCUGGAUUAAACACAACACCUUUAUUGCAGUGGGUUUUAAUUAAGCUGAAGACAAGGGUCCAUGACAUGUCUACCGACACCAAUGUUUCAAUGACCUGAACAACAGACCCUCCUAUGUACCGCAAAGAAAACAGGUCUCCUAUGGCGCUACGAGUGACGAAGCGGCGGUGCGGGACGGUGCUGCUUCUUGUCAUGGCGGCAAUACUGGUGAUUUGGACAGGCAGAAACUUUUCCAAUGCCCUUUCCUCUGCAGAGUAUGUAUAUGUACCUAAAGCUGCUCUUACAAUAGGAGAAAAGGGAAAACAGCCACGUAAUGCCGACUUACCACUGGACGACAAUCUCCUGGUUAACGGCAGCGCUGUCUACAUCUACAAGAACAGGACCACGGGGAAGUGGGGAACGCUUCCUGUGACGUCACCAAUAUUAAGUGUGAACUUUACCGUCAACCUGACGGAACUUCAGGAGGCGUUUUCUUCACCAUGGCAACCACAGCCAGACAAUCUGAGAAGAAUGCAAGCCGAACUGGAGAAGUGCUGCUCCGCACGACGCAUGGCCGUCCUGACACAAGAGAACACGGAGCCAGACCAGUACAUCCCUAGUGCCUUCCCCAACCUCACCGAGUACAUCAGUCCCGAGUACCACAGGACCUUUCCUAAGAAGUCUCCGUUCUCUGAAAAGCGGUACGGGCGCUGUGCUGUGGUUGGGAACGGCGGGAUUCUUCGCGACAGCAAAUGUGCCGCGGAGAUCGACUCCGCAGACUUCGUCUUCAGAUGUAACCUGCCACCCUUGACAGUAGGGAAGUACAUGCCGUGGGUCGGAGUCAAGACUAACUUCACCACAGCGCCCAUGACUAUGCUCAAAAAAUAUCGUCACAUGGACGAGAGUGAGCAGGAAUUGGAGCGGUUCAUCGGGGAUACCAUGCAAUACAGCGGCUUUCUCUGCAUCAAGAAACCGUCAAACUACAGCACAGCUGGGUAUAAGGAGUUACAGAGAAGGAGAGGCGACAGUUUAACCGUUCUGUACGAGAACCCAGAGCACUUCCUGGCCGUCACGCAGUAUUGGUUGGAGCACGGGAUUCCGAGAAAAGCAACAACAGGCCUGUACCUGGUGACCACGGCCCUGACCAUGUGCGACCACGUGGACGUGUACGGGUUCUGGCCCUUCCCGUUCGGCGGCUGGGGACAGAAGAUCCGCUAUCACUACUUUUAUGCAGCCAUCUUUAUAUCGCCCUUCGCACACGAGAUGCCAUCGGAGUUCAUCAAAAUGGUAGAACUGCAUAGACAGGGGAUAAUCAAACUUCACAUCGACAAGUGUGGCAAAUAAUUUUAUGUGCUAAUUGUAUAUGUAUUUGUUGUGCUUUAUUGUUGUCAAUGUCAGCUUGUCCAAAAUAGUUAUCAAUUCCUGCAUUCCAAGGCCAUCAAGCACAAAUGUUACAUAUGGUAAUAAAAUGUUUCACAGAAACAACAUACCUUUAGACUGA